CCUCAACAUCAUCCUCAUCCUCGCCGGCCACUGCGAGUCGCUCAGUCCUCACAAGAUGUCACGCUAUGGCUUGCCCCUCCUACGAGGGUCGCUCCGAGCCUCUUCUCUCCUCCCCGCCGCUGCCCCCUCUGCCGCCCCACUACCGCGCUUCUUCUCAUCCCCAACUGCCCCACGCUUCGAAAAGGAGGAAGACUCUACCUCUGCCCUGGACUACAAGCUGCGUCACCACCUCAGGAAACUCCCACCUCUCCCUUCUCUAGAGCCACCCGAGAUGCAGGCUGGAGAAGCCGUGAGCAACAUUUUGUACAACACGCCCACACCUAGCAGACAGCCCUUUAAGAGGCACAUCCUCAACACCCUUGUGCAAAACGAGCCCGGUGUCUUGUCAAGGGUAGCAGGAACUCUAGCCGCCAGGGGAUUCAACAUCGACUCGCUCGUCGUGUGUGCAACAGAGAUCCGAGACCUCUCGCGUAUGUGCAUCGUACUCAGAGGACAAGAUGGAGUGGUGGAGCAGGCACGUAGACAGCUUGAAGAUCUAGUCCCCGUAUGGGCCGUAUUGGACUACAGUGACACAAAAGUCAUUGAACGUGAGCUAAUGCUGGUCAAAGUCAGUAUCCUCGGACCAGAGUACUUUGAAGAAUCGCAAUAUGGAGCUUAUUCUGGUGGAAUGGGCAGCGGAUCUUCCUCCCACGUACCGCCUGAAUUGCUGGCAGAGAGGCAGAGUGGGGGCAAGGAGCCUUCCAAAGCUCCCGGAAAUGCAGCCAACGCCGUAGGAGCCGCCUCGGAGGCUCGAUCGGGCGCAGCUGCCCUGCCAAUGACUCCUUCAGAAGCUCUGAGGGUGAAGAGCGAUAACAUGAGGAGCGUCAUUGCCCUCGCAGAACAAUUCAGGGGACAGGUAGUGGACGUGAGCAGUAAUAGCGUAAUUGUAGAGAUGAGCGGAAAGACGAGCAGGUGUGACGCAUUCCUCAAGCUCGUAAGGCCAUUCGGUGUCCUGGAGUGUGCUAGAAGUGGAACUAUGGUCCUGCCUCGAUCCCCCAUUACCUCGUCAUGGACUGGUAAUGAUGAGCUCACAGAGGAGGAAUUGGCAGAGGUCGACGCCUCUCUCCUGCCACCGGGAUAGAUGCAGCGCUUUCUCAGUCCCUUGAAGGAAGAAGGUUCUUGGCAACUCACCAGCCCCCUGUACGCUAGAAAUUGGUAAUGUCACACUCGUCUAGUCGAUACAUUCCGGCAGCUCAGACUGCACUCAAAAGUGUGAGAUUCUAUCUGAAUUGAAAUCGACGUUCAGAU